AUGUAUUCCGGUGUUCCACGACCAUACAAAGUACGACGUGCUAUACCACCACGGCCAUAUGGUGUAAGACCAAUGCGUCCUCUUCCUCCUCCAAUGGUUUCUCCUGGAGUUGGAGGUGCUGCUCUUGGUGGUGCCCUUGGAGCACUUGGCGGAACUCUUGGAUGCCUUCUCUGUUUAUCCGCUAUUGCUGCCUUGGGUCUAUUUUCAUGUGUAGUAGCUAUUACAGCAUAUGCUAAACAAUUUCUUGACAGCUACAGACAAGUGGAAGGACUCAAUAGUGCACUUGGACAAGCUCAAAUGGGUUUCAUGCUUUUAUUAGCUUCACUUUUUUAUAUAAUCGUCUGUCGUAUGCAGCGAUGUUAG